AUGGAGAGCAAACGAAAAAGCCGAAAUACAUGCGAGGUAUCUUCCCCGGUUGUUCCCACAUUUAACGUCAAUGACAGCAUGCUAAACUCUGGAGGAUUUUCUACCGGGAACCUGUUCUUGGGCCAGGCUCGAGCUGGCCGCGAGAAACAUCCCUCAGUAAAUCAGCGCCAACAUGAUCCACAGGACGAUUGUCACAGGUCUGUGUCGGGUCUUUUGGGAUGUCGUUGCCCAAUCGAGAGAGGAGGAAAUAGUGACAAAGUCGUCUAUAUCGGUAUUGGACACGGUUUGAAGUGGCUAGUGAUGGAUUCACAAGUUGUGAGAGGACGUUGGUAUCAAAAACCAGAGAGCGAGGCGCAAAAGUGGGGAAAGCGCGAAGGAGAAGAAGAGAACGAAACUCGAACAGCAAUAGGGAUGUCGGGUUCUUCAGAGAACGAGGCGGUUAUGGCGAUGCGUGAGGCAGCGUUCAUUAUCAAGGUGGUUAUGGCGAUGUGUGAGGCGACAUUACAUUAUAAUGGUGAAUACCGUCAGAUGCACUGGCUAACCAGAACCAGCUUCAUGUGCACGGCGAUACUACGAGUCAAGCACGCACCUUCAGCUGCAUGGGAGAUGUUCAGGGCACCCAUCGAGUUCCGAAAUCUUGAAAUGGUUCUUUCUAGACUAGGAACGACUGUCACGCUUCCGAACUUCUUGGCCGAACAAGUACUUCUUCUCAGCCUUCAACCGAAUUCCCUGCUUGCAUAUGAGCAGCUUUUCUGGGUCGGCAUCUGAGACUGAGUCACGACGACGCGUUUUAGACCUCUUUCUAAGAGGUAUCCAGAAAGCCAUGUCUCAUACGUAUAUUCGGCAUGUGGCAGUGUCGCACACCAUAUCCUCGAGGCCUUUAAGCCAAACCACAGACGCUGGCAGGCAAACAUGAUGGAAUGAUGGGCCACUAGCGUCAAAUUUUAAUUAAGUACUCCCGUGAGGUGGCGUUUGUUUACCGAAUAGUGAGUGAACGACGUUUGAUAUAAUAAUGUCGAAACCUCCUCCCAAAAGUAUUCAAUAAUGC